AACCUUCUCAGUUGACGUCGUCGGGUUCAAUCUCGACAUCGGCGUGCUUCACCCGUUUCUUCGAUCCUUGCAAUUAUCUCCAUAACCCUCUUUGCUGUUCUUUUAAAUUCGCCUUCGAAACUUCUCCAUUUUUCGUUCAUUUUCAGUAAAACUCUGGAUUCUUAACUUGGUGAAUUGAUCAUUGAUGAGCGAUCUACAGUGAGAUACACAAUUCCCCUAAAAAAAUAUAGGGCUUUUGGUGUUCUGGGCGCGGAUUUACUUAGUUUAUGUAUAUACGAGUAGGAGGAUCGAUGGAACGGGAAGUACAGCUGGAGCCGGCGGCAGGGCCUGAGCCCAGCGACUCCGACCCUCUGCUAAACGACCACCGUGUUGACCUGACACCAUCGCUCCCCUCUGCGCCGGAGAGCUCCAGCGAGAUUAAGGUCGAAGAUUCGGAGAAUGGUUCGCUGCCUUGCUGCAGAAUCUGCCUCGAGUGCGACGGGGAAGAUGAUGAUGACUUGAUAUCACCAUGCAUGUGCAAAGGCACCCAGCAGUUUGUGCAUCGUGCUUGUCUUGAUCACUGGCGAUCGGUCAAAGAGGGAUUUGCAUUUUCACAUUGUACUACUUGCAAAGCUCAGUUUCAUCUUCGAGUCGUGGAGCUAGAGGACAACAGUUGGAGGAAUAUAAAGUUCAGGCUCUUUGUUGCUAGGGAUAUUUUCCUUGUGUUUUUGGCUGUACAAUCUGUAUGUAUUGUCUUCUCUAAUCCUGACCUCUAAUGUCGCUUUUACUGAAUGUGGUUUUCACGAACAAUGGCGUCAUGUCCACUUUGUGCAUUCUGAAAGCAUCUUAUUUGUUUUCUUUUUUUGCAAGUGUUUAUUCUGUUUGUAUCUCUAGUGCUUAUCUAAAAAUGAGAAAGUAGAAUAUUAUGAGGGAAACAUGCAAAUUUGGAAAUGAAAAUGAAGACCGAAAAUGUUCCUUUUUUGAAGUUAGUACUGAUAAGGUUGUUGCUAUAUUCACCUCCAUUUUGGCUAUAUCCACUCUAUUAAUGUUAAAUUGAUAAUUUUAACCUCAAAAAUCAAAAGAGAGAAUGCAAGGCCACUUUAAGUGCAAAAUUGUCCAUUUAAUACAAAAGGUGUGGACAUAGCAACACCCUACUGAUAAUUGUCUUGA